AUGGGGCCGUGCCGGUGGCCGCUGCUCUGGGGCUUCCACGCGGUGCUGGUGCAGGUCGCCGCGCUCACGGCGGGGCAGCGCCCGCAGGAGAGGAGCCCCCCGCGGCCGGCGGGAUGGUCCCCGGCCCCCUCAUCCUCGUGGGCGCCCACCGCGGAGCCGGGAGCGCCGGGGGACAGCGAGGGCUCGGCGGCAGCGCUGGCGUUCCUGCGCACGGGCGAUGCCGAGCGCCUGGCCCGGGCCAACUGCAGCGGGGCCGUCGCGGCGGGGGCCCCCGGGCCCGGGCCCCCCCCGGCGCUGCGGGCAGCCCUGAGAGCCGCCCCCGAGGCGCUGGCCCACGCCGCCAACUUCCUCAACAUGCUCUUCCAGACCAACGACAUCCGCGAGGCCAGCGUGGCCGAGGACGUGGAGUGGUACCAGGCGCUGGUCCGCAGCCUGGCCGAGGGGCACCCGUGGGUGCGCAGGGCGGUGCUGGCCCUCGACGCCCACCCGCUGGCCCCCAAGCCCCGGCUGAUGCUGCAGGCCACCAAGGGGGACGGGCAGAUCCUGCUGCAGGACGUGUCCAAUGCCGCUCCCAGCCUGGGCAACCUCAGCUGGGACAACGAGUGGUUCAACGCCCUCAAGUCGCAGCGGGUCCCGGCGCUCCGCAAGCGGGUGCUCAGCAAUGACCUGCGCAGCCUGGAGACCCCCAAGUGGCAGCGGGGGGACAGCUACGUGGGGGACGCGGGCCACGUGCGCUGGUCCCCGCCGUUCCUGGAGUGCCGCGAGGGCCGCUUCCUGCCCACCUGGGCCGUCACGCUCUCCUCCGCCUUCUACGGGCUCAAGCCCGACCUCAGCCCCGAGUUCAAGGGGGUCGUGCGGGUGGACGUGGAGCUGCGGGACGUGGCCAUCGACCAGUGCUCCAGCGGGCCGGGCUGGUUCUCGGACACGCAUCGCUGUGACCUCAACAGCACCCAGUGUGUCCCCCAGGAGAGCCGCGGCUUCGUCCUCGGGAGGUACCUGUGCAGGUGCAAGCCGGGUUUCUAUGGGACCGGCGGAGUGGCCAGCGGUGCCUGGGCAGGUGUGGCAGGGACAGAGGGGGGGUCCCGGCUGGGGUGCCAGCCGUGCCGCCCAGGCUGUGCCACCUGUGAGGACGACACGCCCUGCCUGAUCCAGGAGGACCAGGUGCUGCGGGCAGCGGUGCUGUCGUGCCAGGCCUGCUGCAUGCUGGCCAUCUUCCUCAGCAUGCUCGUGUCCUACCACUUCCGACGGAGCAAGAGGAUCCGGACAUCAGGAAUCAUCCUGCUGGAGACCAUCCUCUUUGGGUCCCUCCUCCUCUACUUCCCUGUGUUCAUCCUGUACUUCAAGCCGAGCAUCUUCCGCUGCAUCGUCCUGCGCUGGGUGCGGAUGCUCGGCUUCGCCAUCGUCUACGGCACCAUCACCCUCAAGCUCUACAGGGUGCUGAAGGUGUUCCUGUCGCGCACGGCGCAGCGCGCUCCCUACGUGUCGAGCGGGCGGGUGCUGCGGCUGCUGGCGCCCAUCCUGCUGCUGGUGCUGUGGUUCCUGGCCGCCUGGACCAUCGGCAUGCUGGAGAACGCCCGCAAGAACAUCCCGCUGGUCAUCCGCGCCCAGACCAGCCGCGGCCUCCACUUCUCCCUCUGCGGCCACGACUGCUGGGAUUACAUGAUGGUCAUUGCCGAGAUGCUGUUCCUGCUCUGGGGCAGCUUCCUGUGCUACGCCACGCGUGCCGUGCCCUCGGCCUUCCACGAGCCCCGCUACAUGGGCAUCGCCCUCCACAACGAGCUGAUGGUCUCUGCCACCUUCCACGUGGUCAGGUUCCUGAUUGUCCCCUCGCUGCACCCGGACUGGACUCUGCUGCUCUUCUUCGCUCACACCCACGGCACCAUCACCAUGACCCUGGCCCUGCUCUUCAUUCCCAAGUUCCUGCACACGGGCUCGCCGCUGCGGGAGGAGAUCACGGCCGAGGUGUACGAGGACGAGCUGGACAUGCGGCGCUCGGGCUCCUGCAUGAACAGCAGCAUCGCGUCCGCCUGGAGCGAGCACAGUCUCGACCCCGAUGACAUUCGGGAGGAGCUGAAGAAGCUUUACCGACAGCUAGAGGUGCACAAGACGUGGCGGAUGGCGACCAACAAUCCGCACCUGGCCAAGAAGCGCAGCUCCCGCCGCAGCCUCGCCCGCUCCAUCCUGCGCCGCAGCGGUGCCGAGCUGGCCGAGAGCGCGUCCCGCCGCAGCAGCGGCGGGGACCGGGCGGGGACCCCGUCCCGCCGCAGCUCCUCGGCCAAGCGGCUCGUGGAUGCCGCCGGGACCAGCCUGAGGAUGCGGGACGAGAGCUCCCGGCGCCGCUCCUCAGCGCUGCGCAAGUCCCGCAGCUCCGAGGGGCCCCCGCGGGAGCCCCGCCGAGGGUCGCCCAGCCCCAGCCCGCCCGAGGAGCCUCGGCCGGCGGCGGUGACCGACUUGGAGCAAUCCGACAGCGACUCGCUGGACGCCGCCCCGCUCCUGUGCAAAUCGGCCAGCGCCCAAAACCUGGCGGGGCACUGGCAGCGACCCCCGGGCCGCGCCCCGCCGCUGCAGAAGUCGCACAGCGUUGUCACCGGGGCGCGGGAAGCGGCGCUGCUGGCCGCCCGCAGGGCCGCCCGCGACCAGUGGCACGGCGGCCGCCACCUCUCCGCGCCGGCCCCGGGGGUCCCCAGCGACACCGCGACAGCCCCGAGCCCCGCCGAGAGGGGCCCGCAGGAGGACGCGGCCGCGCCGGGCGAUGCCAAGGGCCACAAACAUGUCACCUACGCGCCCAUCAAGAGCGUCAGCGUGGACAGCGCCCACCCGGGCAGGAAGGUGCGGGUGACCGUGAAGAAAACCCCCCCUCCGCCCCCCGUCCGCUACCAGAGCCUGCAGCGCUCGGGGACGCUCGGGGACGGCCCGGAGCCACCCCCGGGCCCCCCGGCACAGGCGGGAGAGGCGCGGGGGACAGCAGGGGACGACCCGGAGCGCGCGUCCCCCCCGGCAGGGAAGGGCGGGCUGCUGACCCCGACCGCCGCCCCGGCACACGUCUGCCCCUGGGAGCUGGUCCAGGACGAGAUCCUGGGCAGGAAACAAAAAGCGGCCGAGGCAGCGGAGUCGGGGACCCCCGGUGACACAGCGGCCACCAGCCCCGGCCCCAAGCCGCCCCCCACGAAGAGCUUCCGCAGCCUGGGACUCGCCAUCAAAGCCCUCAACCGCUCCAGGGGGAAGAGCAUCCUGAAAGGGAAAAGCGAGGGGAGCCUCAGGAAGAGGGGGAGCAGCAGGAGGGAGAAGUCCGGCCUGGCAGAGGCCUCGGCCGGGUCCCUGGGGGGGGUCAGCCCCGAGGGGAGCGGGCAGAGCCUCGAGGCCCCCGCCCUCCAGCACAACAACAACGCCGCCACCCCCGGGGAAGCCGCGGACUGGGGCGACAGCGGGGCAGGAGGACAAUGGGACAGCCUGGCCGCGGGGACAGGCGAUGGGGACAAAGCGGCAGAGGAGCCCAGCGCUGCCCGAGGGGACGCGGGGACUGGUCUGGAGCCACCCAGCGCGGGCCAGCAAGGAGCUGAAUGUCCCCCGGAGGUGGCACGGGGACAGCCCCAGGAAGGGGACGAAGCUCCGGCAGCGGAUCUGGAGGACGUUGCUAAGGUCACAGCGGAGGAAGGGACACUUGAGGAGCUCGAGAGGACCGGCAGGUCCUUCCAGCCCCGGGACCCCCCGGAGGAGGAGCAGCGACCCGCAAAGCCCACCCCGAGCAGCGGGGCCGAGGUUUGUCCGCCCCGAUGGCUCGGAAUGCCGGCAGGAAGGGGAGCCUUGCUGCGCCAGGAGGCGAUCGCUCUCCGGGAGGACGGAGGGACCCCAGAGAGCCCGGACAGGGCGCUGGGAGAGGGGAGCAGCCAGCCCGAGCCCGAGCCGGGCCCUGGAAGGAGCCGGAGCGGGGCCGGGAGCGCGCAGGGAGAGCUCAGGGCUGCGGGAACGCGGGCAGAUCCCAGCUCCAGAGCAGGAACCUGCCCGGGGAAGGGCGGCACUGAGGGGGAUUCUCAGCGCUCUCCGGGAAUGGAAAAAGCACCAGGGCUGCCGAAAGUGGCCCCGGAGCAAGCGGAGGGCAGGAGGGCUGAGGUGUGCCCGUGGGACAGCCGGGAACAGGGAAGGAGUGUCCGAGCAGAAAUCUGCCCCUGGGACACAGAGGGGGCUCUGCCGGAGCAGGGACCCCCCAAAGCUGGAGGUGUGGAACAGCCUGGGAUGGGGCUCGCAGGGAAAGCCCCAGCUCUGCCCAAACCCUCACCCCAGCGGGCUGGAACCACGGAGACCAAAAAGGCAAACAUCUGUCCCUGGGAGGUGGAGGAUGAGCCGCGCCCAAAACCAGAGAUCUGCCCCUGGGAAGAGGCUGCAGCUCCGUCAGGGAAAGAGAGAUUGAGGCAGGACACGCGUGGCACUCCCAAAGGGGAAGAAAAAGUGGGAUCCAGAGCACCAGAAAAAGGAAAGCAGCCCCCAGCCAAACCCCUGCCCAAAUCUCCUUCAGGGAGAUCCCAGAGAUCAGAGAAGGCAGAGAUCUGUCCCUGGGAGUCUCAGGGCUCUAAAUCCAGUGACAAAGCUGAGAUCUGCCCCUGGGAGACUCAGGGCUUUAAAUCCAGUGACAAAGCUGAGAUCUGUCCCUGGGAGUCUCAGGGCUCUAAAUCCAGUGACAAAGCUGAGAUCUGUCCUUGGGAGGUGGCUGAGCCUCAGCUGGAGAAAGGAACAGCCCCAGGAAAGGAGAGACUCCCACCAAGAGAAGCCUCCAAAGCUCUGGAGAAGGGAAGCAAAGACAGAGAGUCCAUCUGUCCCUGGGAGAGCCUGGACACGGAGCAGCCCCCGGCCAAACCCCUCACUGGGAGCUCAGCACUGCCCAAAGCAGCCCCAGGGAAAGCCCAGAGCCCAGAGAAGGCAGAGAUCUGUCCCUGGGAGUCUCAGGACAUUGAAUCCAGCAGCAAAGCUGAAAUCUGUCCCUGGGAGGUGGCUGAACAGCCCUCAGGUAAAGAGAAAUCCAGACAGGACAAAGAGGAUCCAUCCAGGGUGAGCAAAAGCCCUUCCACAAGUCAAAGACUCCUGAAGGAAGUGGGAGCCUCUUUCUCUUCUGGAAAGAAGGACCGAGAGUCCAUCUGUCCUUGGGAGAGCCUGGACACGGAGCAGCCCCCGGCCAAAGCCCUCACUGGGAGCUCAGCACUGCCCAAAGCAGCCCCAGGGAAAUCCCAGAGCUCGGAAAUCUGUCCUUGGGAGAGUCAGGACCUCAAAUCCAGUGACAAAGCUGAGAUCUGUCCUUGGGAGGUGGCUGAGCCUCAGCUGGAGAAGGGAACAGCCCCAGGAAAGGAGAAACUCCCAGCAAGAGAAGCCUCCAAAGCUCUGGAGAAGGGGAGCAAAGACAGAGAGUCCAUCUGUCCUUGGGAGAGCCUGGACACGGAGCAGCCCCAGGCCAAACCCCUCACCGGGAGCUCAGCACUGCCCAAAGCAGCCCCAGGGAAAUCCCAGAGCCCAGAGAAGGCAGAGAUCUGUCCCUGGGAGGUGGCUGAACCUCCCUCCCCGCAGCCAAAGGCUGUCCCUGCUGGGGGCCCCAGGGGGGACAAGCGCAUCACGCGCCAGGCAGCGCUGGCCAGCCCGGAGAGAUCCCUGGAGAGCAGAGACAGAGCGUCCGUCUGUCCCUGGGAGAGCCUGGACACACAGCAGCCCCCGGCCAAAGCCCUCACUGGGAGCUCAGCACUGCCCAAAGCAGCCCCAGGGAAAUCCCAGAGCCCAGAGAGCCUGAAGGAAGAGAUCUGUCCCUGGGAGUCUCAGGGCUCUAAACCCAGUGACAAAGCUGAGAUCUGUCCCUGGGAGUCUCAGGGCUCUAAAUCCAGUGACAAAGCUGAGAUCUGUCCCUGGGAGUCUCAGGGCUCUAAAUCCAGUGACAAAGCUGAGAUCUGUCCCUGGGAGUCUCAGGGCUCUAAAUCCAGUGACAAAGCUGAGAUCUGUCCCUGGGAGUCUCAGGGCUCUAAAUCCAGUGACAAAGCUGAGAUCUGUCCCUGGGAGGUGGCUGAGCCUCAGCUGGAGAAAGGAACAGCCCCAGGAAAGGAGAGACUCCCAGCAAGAGAAGCCCCCAAAGCUGUGGAGAAGGGGAGCAAAGACAGAGAGUCCAUCUGUCCCUGGGAGAGCCCGGACACGGAGGAGCUGCCCCUGAAAUCUGCAGUGGGGAAGGAGCCAUCCAAGAAAUCCGACAGCACAGAGAGCAGGAAACCCCAGAUUUGCCCCUGGGAAGCAGCAGACCCCAUUGGGCUGGAGGAGGAAAUCUCCCAGCCAGGUGUGCAGCCACAGGGAGCCCAAAGAGGUUCCCCUGCAGGGAUGGGACAGCCGGGAGCCAGCGCUGUGUCUCCAACACUUCUGGAAAAAUCCAGGGGCAGAUCCCAGGGGGAGCACAAGCCCCUGCGCCGGCUCCUGCCCAGCAUCCAGCAGCCAGGGGUGGGCAGCAGCUCCAGCCCUGGCGCUGGCCUGGCUGAGGUUUGUCCUUGGGAAGCUGGAGAGGCUCCAGCAGCACCGGCCAAGCCCGGCUGGGACCCGAGGAGAAGCUCGGAGGUGUGUCCGUGGGAGGAGGAGAGCACGGAGCCCUCCCGGACCCGCCCGGGGCAGGGCAGAGCCCGGGAUGGGGGCGGGCUGUGAGCGGAUCCCAGCGCCCGUGGCUCCAUCCAUCCAGCCGUGUGUCCAUCCCCUCCAUCCCUCCUGAUCCUCCCUGCCCAGCCCCGGAGCUGGACUGGGGGGUCUGGGCUGUGCGGCUGAAGGACCCGGUUGUGUAAUUUUGUGUAAAUACAGGAAAUAAACGGAAUUCUCUA